GAGAGUGAGUAAGUAGUCACUUCCUGUUGAUUUUGAGGGAAAGUCAAAAGUUAACAAAAAUACAAUUAAAUUCGUCAAAAUGUACAAAGCGACGCCUUUGCUAGAGAAAUGGAUACAGGAAAACAACGAUCUUGUAACUAAAUGGAAGACAGAUGAAAAUGUCCUGAGAAAAGACCAGAGAGAGUCAAAUCUGAGAUGCUUUUCUUUGGAGUUUAACAAACUUUUGAGUAAAAUACAAGGAGCUCCACUUCUUGCAGGUGUCACUCAAUUGGAGCUGACAGUGUUGUACAAUGCUAGUGUAUUUUGUAUCGCUAUGUCUGAGUUUUCUAAGGUGGAGCUGCUCAUUACAAAUGUCAUGGAUAAAGUUCUCCAGAUAUCAGGAUGUAGACCUACCCCUGAGAGCUCUGAUUAUCUUUUAUUUUGGAGAAAGGCUUUAGAAGAAGCCAUAAAGCAUACAGAUUUGGAGCAUGGCAUUGGACAGCUGUUCUGUUUGCAGUGGGCAAUAUGGCUAGCCACACAGAAAUACCAUAUUAUCUGUGAAACUGAGAAAGAGAUAUCAUUGUUCAUCUCAAACAAAAACAAAAAAGGAGAGCUGUCUGAGUCUUUGCUUUUGGUUUUGGAGCCAAAAGAGCUUAUUGAGUUAUUACAUGUCUGCACCUUAAUUGGGAAAGGUGCAGAAAGAUUCAAGGAUGGUCAAUAUUUAGAGGCUUUGAGUGAUAUAGAGAAAGCCACCUCGUACACUGCUCCCAGAGGUGUAGUGGCCUACACACACCUUCUGUUGGGUUCUUGCUUUCUCCAAAUGAAACGUCCUCAGAUGGCAUUGACCUGUUUCCGGAGAGCACUGGAAACAGACGGUCACUGCGUCAGUGCGCUGUACCAGAGCAUGCUCAUCUACAGGCAACUAGGAAAUAAACAAGCUGAGAUCCAAGCUCUUGAGUUACUGCAUUCUAUUUUAAACUUGACACACAGCUCAGAGUGUUUCACAGGAGAUGGUCUGCUUAUCUCCUCUGAGUUACUCCUCACCAACUUGUCUUUGAAGAAUAUCUUGGAAGUUCCCUCUCCUCUGACAGUCCUUCACAGUUUGGCUUUACAAUGUGUCUGCCAUGGAAGGGUAUCAGAGGGCGUGGAGCAUUAUCUGGACUUAUUUGCUAUUCUUCACACAGAUGAACCUAUUCCACAUCAUAUUAAUAUGGAGGUUCCUUUUCUUCCGCGUGUGACUGAGCUUUACCUUGAGGCUGGUGCUGCUAUGCUUAUGGUCCAGCGACUCGCCGAUUGCAUUGCACUGUGUGAUGAAGUUGUUGGGACAACACUAGAUCUGCUACCACAAAGAUUGGUUUUGGAGGAGUUGAGUGUGGGGACCGAGCCCAGUGAUCCUGUUGUUGACCAAGAUGACAAAGGGGCUAUGAUCCUCUGCACUGGGGCGGCUAAUCUCCUCAAGGGUCACUGCUACAUAUUUUUAAAGGACUGGAAACAAGCUACAACCCAUUAUACAAGGUGUUUAGAUCUGCUUUUAAGAGUGCGCUUUAAAAUGAAAGGAUGCCAGCCACAGAUCCCCAGCACAGACAUGGUUGACAAAGGGGGGUCAAAAUUAUUCACACUCCAGAGGCUAAAAGCAUUUUCAUUGGCUGGCCGAGGGAUCUGUUUUACUCAGACUGAUCGAUUGAAAGAAGCUCUUAGAGACCUUCAUCUCAGUUUGAAUGCAUUCCCAGAAUGUCUAGGUGCUGGGUUAUGGUGUGGGGAAGUACUGUGGAGACUGAAACGGAGACAGGAAGCUGCCAGCUGCUGGAAAAAGACAUGGGGCUUUACCUCAGAAUCUCCCAACGAAGGUGUUUGUGUAUAUUUAAUGGAACCUCCAACCGAUCAUAUGUUGAACCCCGUGGAGCUUCAACAAAGAAUUGAAGAUCUUGGAUUUGAAGAAGACAUAAAUGGAUAACAUUUCUACUACUGUCCUAUUAAUGUGUAUAUUUUGUUUGCUGAACGAUCAAAUUCAAUUAAUUCUCUAGAUUUGUAGAGAUUGGUAAUAAAUCAUUUUUAUAACAAUAAUAGAUAAUUUC